UGCUUUGCUGCUGUACCCAGGCUCCUGCCUGGAGCCUGCUUGAGGCAUUGGCCAUGCGGCUGCUAAGGCCAUAUGGCUAUGGAGAGAACAGACCGACAAGCCUCCAUGAUCCAGAACCUCCCCCUCGGCCAUUUGGACUUAUUGAGGCAAAUUUCCUUUGAUGAUUUUCAAGAAAGCCGUGUUACAAAGUGGCAAAAGGCUCUAGGAAGCAGGAUGCCGCAAGUGCCUCUGGGAAAAGUGAUCCUUUAUACCAGUGUGAUGACUAGUGGGGGCUGUGCCCUUGUGUAUUACCUUACACAAACUUUUUCCAGGGCUUCCUAUUACCAGUUGGCAUUGGAGCAGCUGCAUAGCCACCCUGAGGCCCUGGAAGCUCUGGGCACUCCUCUCAACACUCACUAUCUCCAGCUCAUGGACAAGUACAACUUUGUGGACAUUGCUGAUGCCAAGUUGAAGAUUCCUGUCUCUGGAUCCAAGUCAGCAGGCCAUCUCUAUGUCAUCUCCUCCAGGGAGGCCCCCUUUAAAAGGUGGCACCUUCAGGAGGUCUUCUUAGAGCUCAAGGAUGGUCAGCAGAUUCCCGUGUUCAAGCUCAGACAGGAGAAUGGUGAUGAAGUAAAAGUGGAGUAAAGGUGAUCAAAAAGACCCAGCUUUCUCCAAGCACGGCCUUCCCUCAUCAACAUGUCCCCUCUAUGCCCUCGAGCCAGUUUUCCAGCCACCAGAGCGAUGAUUAUAUGUGCUGGCAUAUGGUAAUUUUAAUUCUGAUUCGACCACAAUAAACACUAUUGAGAUUUUACUUAAUCAGACAGAAAUGUUUACUAUAAGUUUAUAAUUAUUUGAAAGUUCUCUACAAAGGCACAGACUAAAAGGCAUCAGUAUUAAUGAGAUGUUUGUUGAUUUGCUGGUUCUCAUCUCUUUUCUUUUCCUCUCCCCAAGCGCUCCUCCUACUUUUCAGCUGCGUCAGUGAGAAGAAGAUUUACUCAAGAGGUUUUUAAUUGUCCAUGUUGGAAUGCUCAGGAAGUACAGCCUUUUGUAUCAGUCACUCUACCCUGAAUUCAUAUUGUUCAGUAGCUUGUGGACAUUCUCAUUUUGUAACUUACUGCUUCAUUGUUGUUUUAUUUUCUAAUUUGUUUUUUAGUUUCAACUGUUUGCCCAAAUAAAGGUUUGAAAAAUAGCUGCUUUACUUAAAACAUUUGGAAAGCCUAAAAAAUUUGUAUCAGUACAUAAGCACAUGUAAAACAUAGGAAAGUUAGAACUAAUAGGUCCUUAUCCUCAGCUUUCCAAACAACUUAACCACAUAUUAGAGAACCAGACUUUUAGCUUUUUGGUAGUUUUAUAAAGGGACUGUUUUAUAAAGUCAAAGAUCUUCAUUCCCUCUGAGCACCAGAGCCUACAAAAACUAGAGGUCAGGUACCUUUGUUUUAAAGAACUUAACAUAAAUGUAUAUAUAACCCACGGACACAGACAAUAGUGCAGUGAAGGCCUGAGGAUGGAAUGGGAGCAGAGUAGAGGGAUUCAGUGGGGGGUGGAGGAUGGGGAGUGGGAUAUCUUUAAUACUUGUAACAAUAAAGAUAAAUAAAAAAAAAAACACAGGGCCAAUUUAACCCUCUUAGUAUUAUAGGCUUCAUGCAAUUAUAAUUGUCUACAA